AUGGUGAAGAUCGAGGAAGGUCUGCCGUCCAGCGAGAUCAGCGCCCACAGUCACCACUUUCAGCACCACCACCACCCACUGCCGCCCACCACCCACCAUUCCGCGCUCCAAAGUCCCCAUCCCGUCGGCCUGAAUCUCACCAAUCUAAUGAAAAUGGCCAGGACACCCCACCUGAAGUCCAGCUUUUCCAUUAAUGCCAUUCUGCCCGAGACGGUGGAGCAUCACGACGACGAUGAGGACGAGGAUGUGGAGAAGAAGUCGCCGGCCAAAUUUCCGCCCAACCAUAAUAACAACAAUCUGAAUCCGACGAACUGGGGAUCAUCGGAGGAUCAUGAGGCGGAAAGCGAUCCCGAAUCGGAUCUCGAUGUGACCUCCAUGUCACCGGCUCCCGUUGCGAAUGCCAACGAAAGCGAUCCGGACGAAGUCGACGAGGAGUUCGUGGAGGAGGAUAUCGAAUGCGAUGGCGAGACAACCGAUGGCGAUGCGGAAAACAAAUCCAACGAUGGCAAGCCGGUGAAGGAUAAAAAGGGCAACGAAAAGCCGCCGUACAGCUAUAAUGCCCUGAUCAUGAUGGCCAUUCGCCAGAGUUCCGAGAAGCGUCUAACCCUGAAUGGCAUCUACGAGUACAUCAUGACCAAUCAUCCGUACUACCGGGACAACAAGCAGGGCUGGCAGAACUCCAUUCGCCACAACCUGAGCCUGAACAAGUGCUUCGUGAAGGUGCCCCGCCACUACGAUGAUCCCGGCAAGGGCAACUACUGGAUGCUGGAUCCCUCGGCGGAGGAUGUAUUCAUUGGCGGAUCGACGGGGAAGCUGCGAAGGAGAACCACAGCCGCCUCCCGCUCCCGCCUGGCCGCCUUCAAGAGAUCCCUGAUAGGACCCAUGUUCCCGGGACUGGCUGCCUAUCCCCAGUUUGGCCAAUUCCUCACCUAUCCGCCGACGGCGCCCAGCUUGCUGGCCAGCAUGUAUCAGCGGUACAAUCCCUUUGUGCCGAAGAGUGGACCAGGACAUCCGGGCCUGCCACCGGGCUUGCCGGGAUUACCCGGACCACCGGGUGGCCCCCAGGGACCGCCGGGACCCCCGCCUCCGCCCUUUGUUGCACCGCCCACGAGCAGUGAGCUCUACCAGCGAUUGCAGUACCAACAGCUGUUGCAUCAACAUGCGGCAGCCGCCGCAUUGGCGGCUCAUCAAAGGCAACUCUCGGUGGCGGCAGCAACGGCGGCAGCCCAACCACCGCCCAGCCAUCACCACCCACACCUGGCGGUGGGUCAGGCGCCCCAUUCGCCUGGCGGGGAUUCCCCCGGACCCUCGCCACAGCCCCUCAUCAAGCCCGUCACCGUGGUCUCCCGCAACAGCUGAAGAUUCUGGACAGAAGAAUCCAGCGAUUCUUGGGCUUGAGGAGCAGCAUCUGUAGCUCAUAAGUAUUCACUGUACAUAGAUAUAGCCGCGACUGAGGCGCUAGACGCUUGUAAAUAGUUGAGAACUGGGGGAAAUAUACGAAAACUAAAGAAAGAACCUAAACUAAAACCAAAUUCGGUUAACCGGAUUUCAUGGAAGCCUUUGCAGAGGAAAACAAAAUUUUAUUGUAAUUCUAAGA